UUUGCAAGCAGGCAGAGGAAUAUAUGGCGCACAUUCAGAAUGUUGAGAUGCCACGCAUUCAUGCAGCCACAUAUAUAGAUAGAUAGAUGUACACGCACGAUCGACUCACACACACGGUUAAAAGAGGCGCAUCCAUCCAUCGGUCGAACUCUGAAAAGGAAUCAUCAGUCGUUGCUGCAUCAUUUGUCAUAUCGGUUAUUCAGAGACCGGAGGAGUAUAUAUAAGCAGGUGAGGCCGGCAAUGACGAGAUAGAUAGGUAGAUCGCAUCGCAGCGAGGAAGAAGAUCGAUGAGUCGGAUACACCCUUCGAAUCAACGCCAAGAUGCCGCCGCCGCCGCCGCCGCAUCAACGGCAGCAGCGCGAGCGGCGGUGUACACGGUGUGGAAGAGGUCCAGCAUGGGCUUCCAGGGCACCGACGGCUUCUCCGUCUACGACCACGCCGGCACCCUCGCCUUCCGUGUUGACAACUACUCCCGCCGCCGCAAGCUCUUCUCCGGCGACCUGCUGCUCAUGGAUGGACAUGGCUCGCCUCUCCUCGCCCUCACCCCACAGUGCAGCAGAUGGGCCAAAGAACAGAAACCAACCAUUAAUAGAACCCAUGGGGAAGCGUCAGAAGAAGGCCAAGGCAAGAGGACAAGAUCACAACAACUCUUCUCAAUGAGAAAAUGCUCAGUUAUGCAAAGCAGUCAUGAAGCAGAAGUGCACAUGUCAGGAUGUACCCAUGCUUCGUCAGAUCGUACUGGCCAUGUUCCAGGCUUCUCAAUCGAGGGCAGUUUCAGGAGAAGAAGUUGCAAGAUCCGCAACAGCGUCGGUGAGGAAGUCGCAAGGAUAACGAGGAAGAAGGCUGGAGCAGCAUCGUUGUCACUGACUCUUGCUGAAGAUGUUUUCAGUCUUGAGGUCCAACCGAAUGUAGAUUGUGCGAUGAUCAUGGCUUUCGUCAUUGCUCUCGACCGGAUCUGCUGGAAGCCAUACACACCUAUGAUCUGUUCUUCAUAGUUCAAGGUGAUGAGCUCUAUUUGACAUGUAGGAAAAUAGAUGUUUCAAUUCAAGUGAAAUCGACGAAUUAACUCAAGAAGCUAGUAUGAGACUGUAGUCACUAAUUGUACUGUCGAUUGACUGGGACUAACAUAACAUGUAACUUGUUCUAAAUUUGACUACUUAAGAAAGGAAGAUCGAAUUUGCAGAUUGAAUCAAAAUCUCUUGCUUCCUCCUA